AUGACAAUUGCACGCGAAGUAAUAAAGUCUACUGUAGACUACAGGAAAUAUAAGUGAGUAGUUUUUAAGAUUUAACCGUCAUGAAGAUAUGUUGAACUCGCGAAUGGAUUGCGAUGCAUGCUAAUUUCAAGUCUCAAACCCGGAGAAGCUGUGGAAGAUGAAGCCUACGAAUCUGUCGAAGAUUCGGAUUGCGAGGAGACUGCAGAAGAGAGCGAGGGUGUAGAUGAUGAGGGCGAUAUGGAAGUGGAAGACGAAUGCUCAUCGAAAAAAUUGAGGAGGGUGCGUUGCGGCAUUUGCCUCAUACGUUUGUCUGUCUAAUGCGGGCUCUGUGAUGUUUGCCUACGUAAAAUCGAGAAAAGAACGCCACAACCCUAUUUUUUAAACGGCCUAAUCAUACAUUCAUAUUUUUUAUACUGACCAGGUAGAUUCGAAUUAUUGAGCAGCAUAUACAGCGGACGAAAAUAAAUAUUCUUUGAGGUUUUUCGUUUGCGCAAGACGAAUUUUUUCCUAUGCCAUUUUAUGUUUAUGAUUCCGUAUUACACCUGCUUCAGGUACAAGAUCGCCUUCUUAUACCCGUUAGUUUGGCAGUGUUGGCCUCUUAGUUAGACUGCUGACAAUCGACCCACUUUUCCCCACUUCAAUAUUCAAAGAGGUUGCUUCUGUCCUGUCGCAUACAUAGAUAAUUUGUCAAAACAGGUACUCACUCGUUGAUUUUCAUUUUCAAAGUCUCACACUCAUAUUGCUAUUGCAUCAAUCGACAACAACAAUGACUACGAUCACCUCAAUGAGCAGAUGUUAUUUUUGCGGGCUUAGGGGUAGUCAUGGGUCUGUUCACAGUAUUGAUCCCGAUGCAUCCUCCUGCGGGCGUCAUUCCCUGAUGACUACAUUGGGCCCAAUCAAAUGACAAUAGUUCAUAGCGCAGUGACUGACCUGGCAUGUGCUUGACAAAACUUUCGUAGUCGAUCCCCAGUUCACCCACGAAUUCGCCGUCUGGGUUAUUCGCUACUCGAAGUUGCCUCAUGGGUUUGGUGGCUGUGUCGAGCAACGAGAAAGACAUUCCAGGUUGGGUCAGAUUGCAAUGGCAAUACACUCAGCUUGACCCUUAUUGCCGUUGUUGUCAGACAAUGUAGCUAUUCACCACGGAGCGCACCGUGCACUUCCUUCAUUGUAAUGCUGCCGAGUGUCCUGUUAUGUUUCUGCUGCCGUAAGGUGUGUUUGUCCAAUGGAAAUACACAGGCAUUUACGACGUUUCUGAUGGUCAUUAGGCCGUGGAAACCUUUCCACCCAUUCGGAGUUUUACGUAUUCCUUCUCAUUUAAUUUUAGACUUAUAUUUUACUAUUUUUUCGUAUGUCGAAUUUCCUUGAAGUUCCCUUUUUUCUUUUUGCUGGUAUUAUUUUACUCACAUUUUGUGGUUUCAGUCUGCCGCCGCCCUAUGCAUUAACGUCGGUAGUUUUGCUGACCCGAGAGAGGCUCAGGGACUCGCCCAUUUUCUGGAGCACAGUAAGUCCAGCGGGUUGGGUUUAUGGAACUUUUCUUUUCCUUUUUCAUUUUGCGACUUAAGAUAUUAGGCUCAUUUUAACUUACUUAAUAUUGCCAUCAUAUUGGUUGCAGCCAAAUUAUGACUUAGAUCAGAUGUGUUUAACCUCAGGCCUCUCUGUUUGAGUAUCGUAUAUCAGAUGGUUAAGGCGUUGGCUAUACACAAGCCCUAAACUUGCUUUCGUGGAUCCGAGCCCCACCGAGGCUGUCAGACGAACUAUGAAAACGUCAUUGGCAUACGUUAAAAGGACAUAUAUCUUGUUGACCAGUUGGAUUGCCUUAUCAUUCGAGAAGUUUGCUGAGCUUAGUGCACUACUUGCUUGACGCGCUGUCCACCAACAAAAAACCUGAUAAACGCUCAUCGCAUGAGAAUUGUGUUAAGAACUCAGAAAAAUCUACCAAAACGUUAAGCCUUGAUAGUCCAGAGCAGUUCUACCUGGUGAAGAGGACAACGUGCGGGUUGUGGUAGAAUUCGCAUCAAGGAUAGUUGCUUAGCAUUUCUUAACCAAAAUUGCACCUGGUGGCAUGAAUAGCGUCAUUGCAAGACUAUAGUAGCAUAUUUUCGGAGAAUUCUCCUGUUACCUGCAGAAAUGGUUUUGAGAUGGUGGCUUCAAGCAUAUCAUGGAAUUGACGAAGGCCGAAGACUUGACUCAUGGUCACUUUGCAACAAUGCGUGCGGACUCACAGGGCAUGCCUUCAUUCAUGGUGUUGCCAGCGCUCGCGUGUGAAGCGAUAUAAAAACUAAGUCGCUAAUCGUAGAGCUUUUGUUGUCGAGCACAGAACCCGUCAGUCGGCAUGUCGUCCUCCCCAUGACCCUCCCGUUCCUCAUCACUGCACCUUGCGGAUGACAGACGGAUAGGGACGUAACUGCUGCAGUUACCAGGUAGACUAGUUCACUGUGGUGUCAUUCUCGCCAAGCGCCUCAUAAUACACUCGAGGCGGGGAUAAGUCUGGCUUGUAUCUGCUGCGAUGACUGUUUUUCUAGUAAACCUCCUCUCAUUUUGUCAGUAACCAGUUCCACGUCAUCAUCACCAUCAAACGAGUCGGUCAGAAAGUCCUGUCGGCCGACUGCCAAUAAAUAGGUGGGAGCCACUCAUGACAUACACUCUGUCUUUCCGUGAUGCUAACAACGAUGCCCUCGUCGUGGUCCGGCAACCUUCGUGCGCCUUUUUUAGUACCGUGCCAGUUGACCUAGGUGUCCCCUUACCAGCAGUGGAUAUCACCUGGCCGCCGUGCAUCACCUCACUCACUCUGUCCCCUCUUCCGCAGUGGUUUUCAUGGGCAGUGAGAAAUACCCGGGGGAGAAUGACUUCGAUGAAUACGUCAGCCAACGUGGUGGAUCAAGCAAUGCCUUCACCGAUGGCGAGCACACAGUAUUCUACUUUGACAUCCAAUGGCAGCACUUCAAGUCGAGCUUGGACAGGUUUGCCAACUUCUUCAUUGCGCCCCUGCUCAAACAGGACGGCGUAGACCGUGAACUAGAGGCUGUUCACAGCGGUAUGUCAUCAGUUCUUUGCUGUAUUUUCUUAAAGUCUCCUUUACUACUUUGAUGCCUGAAGCUCUACGCAUCACCUGUUUGAUUCUGUUUUUCGAGAAUUUAUCGGCCAGUUAGUGGUGUGUCCACACUCCCUACGGGACAAGCUGAAACCUUUUGGCCGCGGCAAUGCCAUUUCCCUUAAACUCCGACUGUUCUCCACUUUAGAAUUCGAACUCGCCAAAGCCGAGGACUCCUGCCGCUCGGAGCACCUUCUGACCUCGAUAGCCAAGGAGAACUCGCCCUAUAGGAUAUUUGCUUAUGGUUAGUGAAGAGAGUCUUACGUCGCAAUCCCAUAUUUUUGCACUUAACCAGUCUCGCAUUUAUUUCGGAUGUGACACCUGUUUUAUAGCCGCGAGUAUGCUCUUGCUGCUCGCUGUACGAAACCAGUUAAAACUGACUCCAUGGUUGCGCCAUUUCGCGUUAUGGCAUUCUGGGAAACGUCGACAUUCGGCGUCGAGCUCAGCUGCAGAUUAUUCGGCCGUCAGCACCACUCGGUCAGCUCUCAUUACGGCGAGGGAAUACCAACGAAGACAGGGGGCAAGACGUGACCUUGACGGUUUUGGUGGACAAAUACCCUAAACAGAACCACACAUAGGCAGAAUGAUAUUACCGACAAAGGCAAGGGAGACUGAAAUGGCCAUUUUUGGCUUAUUAGCCGUCGUCAGCCAGUCAUACCCAACCCCGAAGUGUGGCACACCCGAGGCGCUAGAUUGUGUACCGGCCAAAAUCAUCGCCAUGAUCAAGGCCUACUAUCAUUCCACUCCUGCGAGAGUCCUGGUCCGUAACAAUUUUUCCCAACCGUUCGGUAUUCGGUCUGGCGUCCGACAGGGUUGUAUCCUGUCACCCAUACUGUUCAACUACGCUAUUGACUGGAUCCUCGGGAGGGCCCUACGCGACAGUGACGGUGUUGAAUUUGCACCCGGACAUCGACUGACUGAUCUCGACUAUGCCGAUGAUAUCGCCUUACUUGCUUCAAGUUUUGGUGAUCUGCAGUCUAUGGUGUCACGAGUGAACGAGGUCGCUAAAUCAGUCGGUUUGUCCAUAAACGCUGGGAAGACCAAAGUAUUCUCAAGCUGCAUCCCUGACCAGGAGAAGGCACCCCUGGGGAUUGAUGGCUGUCAACUUGAAGAAGUGGACAGUUUUAAAUACCUCGGGGCGCGGCUGCUGCCUAAUGGACAGAGUAAGGACGACAUUGUCUCCCGAAUCGAUGCUGCCCGCUGGGUUUUUUCAAGCCUUCGGAAAUGCCUGUGGAACCGACGUGACCUCUCCAUCGCCACUAAGAUUCGCGUGUACCGUGCAUCUGUCCGGUCUGUCCUUCUUUACGGUUGUGAAUGCUGGGCUUUGCGCGUGGCGGAUGAGCGAAAACUGGAGGUAUUUGACCACCACUGCUUGAGGAUCAUCCUUCGAGCGAAGUUAACCGACUUCGUCUCAAAUGAGAUAGUCCGCGCUCGCUGCGACAACAUCGCGAGGAUAGCUCAGGCCAUCCAAGAAAGACGACUGAGGUGGUUCGGGCAUGUUCUUCGUCGUCCACCUCAGGAGCUCAGUGUUACUGCCCUCGAUCCGGCGCCGUUGCCCCAUUGGAGGCGUCGAAGAGGGGGUCAGUUCAAAACCUGGCUCGACACUGUCCGUCAGGACAUGGAGGUGGUUCUUGGACCUUCGGUAUUCGGUCUCCGUCGUUGGCGAAGGGAAUGGGUUGAGCUGUCUAGAUCUGCUGCCGCGGAUCGUCACGCGUGGAGAGGUACAAUUCGGGACAUCAUCGAGGCCGGCUAGAUCAGGAAUGAUCGCAGCCGUAUCAAGUACAAGUACAAGUAGGCUCGAACUCGCGACCUGUUUGUUAGAAGUCCACGCCUCUAGCUACUGAACCACACAUGUCUGUGACGUGUUUUUCAUACCAGCCACCGCGCCGGAUCAACUGCCCAGUCCCAUUGUCAUAAACCUUUUGCUGGUACAUGCCAGAGGAGGGGACAGAGACUGCCACUUUUCUCAUAAUUAACCUGACGCGCUGUUAAUAAAAACGCAAUAAAAAUCGCAACAAGGAAGGUCUACGGUUGACUGGAUGACUCGAUCCUCUCUAAGACUGAUGGCCAUGGUCCACUGGCUCCCUAGUCUGACGUUUUGACGGAUCUUGCCAGUGAAACCCCCGAAAUCCUCUCUGAAGUCUUAAUCACACACUGGCAGGGAGCAGCAAGCCUACGACAUUCGUAGACGCCCGUUACUUUUCCCACGCCAGUUGGACCGUAGCGGGUGUGAGAAGAGAAGGAGAGGGUGUGCGCCCUCCCGCGUCUCCGGUCUUUUUGACACUGCCUUGACGCCGGGUCCAGGUAGGGAGCAGGAGGAGAGAGUGCGGUAGAUGCUGCGAAAGUCACCGUCUCAAAAUGUCUCAGUAUCCCUUUUCCCAAAACAAGGGGUGGUCUUUUGCAUUUGCUCUCAGGAUUGUGCUUAUUCCUGCACUGACCUGGGCCAUAAGUCCGGUUAGGAAGUCGUGCCACUUGGGAGGGGGAGCGUCUAUGCUUGUUAGUUGCUGCUUUACCCUGCCCGUCCCGCCCGUCGGCUUUCAAAGUGCGCUUUAAAGAUUAACUCAUUUUUAGGGGACAAACUACCAAUUUGCGUUCUGCUGACUCAAGCUUAGGCGGCGCCCGUUACGAGGGGUAUCUGGGCCUUCCAAGUCCUUCGUAGGAGACAUCAUUAUUGUCAAGGGGUUAGAGCUCCUCUGGCUUUGAGGUUGGAUUACGAUCACCGACCACUCAAACGGAGAGGACGUCACAGCCACUUCUUGCCGAUGUUGUCGGUGGUGGACAUGCAACAUCAUCCAUUACUUAUUCACGACCGUAUUUCAAUCCUCAGCUGUCGCUCGUAAAACAGCAUAUUUAUCUCCAUACAGGUAACCGAAAGUCACUGAAGGAGAACCCAGCAGCCGCAGGGACUGAUGUAUAUCGCCUCCUGCGGGAAUUCCAACAUCGUUACUACACCGCCCCCCUCAUGACACUGGCAGUUGAGGCUAAAGGUGAGUGCCGAUCACAGAGCCAACAGUUUACCACAACCGUCCUGUGUAUUUUCUGUAGAUGCGGCAGCAACGAUUCAGUAA